AUGAAGGAACAGUUUCACUCAUUCUUACAUGGUGCCACUCCCGCCCGUCAGGAGGUAAGCGUCGAAGAUAGUGGGGAAGCACCGUCGUGCUGCACUACCGAGUUGGCUCCGCGCCCGAUUGCGACGGUGUUGUUAGGCACCGCGUUAGUUCACGUUCGUGACCGAUCCGGUACGUGGCAAACAGUUCGCGCCCUGGUGGACUCCGCAUCCCAGGUUAGUGCCAUAGCAGUCGCGUGUUCCACCCGCCUUGGGUUCCGACCGCGUCCGUGGACAAUGCUAGUUAGUGGCAUCUCCAGUACACCUGUCGUCAGUGUGAAAGGAAUCGUCGAGUGCCACAUCCGGUCGCGUUUUGCGUCUGAACCCGCGUUGACUAUGCAAGCGUGGGUGUUGCCCUCAAUCACAAGUGACAUGCCACGCAGUUCUCUCCCCGCAGACAUUAAGGACCGUUUUUCUACCCUCGCACUCGCUGAUCCGCAGUUCAACAUUGCGUCACCAGUCGACAUGUCACUCGGAGUUUAUGUGUUUUCGUCGAUUCUGGACGGGCGGAAAAUCCAAGUCGACGAGUCACUACCCACGGCUUUUAGUUCAAUUUUCGGUUGGGUACUCAUUGGGCCACUCACAGCGGCUGCCAGUUGUCAUGUCCUCACCACACCGGUGUCCUUAGCUACGUCCAUCGAAGCUUUAAUGGAUAAGUUUUGGACAGUCGAAGAACCGGACGCGGCUCCGUCUUCAUUCACCGACGAUAGUUGGUGUGAAAGUCACUUUCGCGCCGAACACAAACGUUUACCGUCCGGUCGAUUUCAGGUACCGCUGCUGACAUGUAAGCCGGUUUCGGAGCUGUCAUUACCGGGAUCGCGUGCCGUAGUGCUAAAACGGUUUAAGUCUCUUGAUCGUAAGUUGAUGUCUAACACCCCUUUACGUGUGGCGUAUUGUGAUUUUAUGUCCGAAUAUUUGUCGCUCGGCCAUAUGUCUGUGGCAAAAUUACCGGGGCGAUACAUCAUCUCCCACCAUGCGGUGUACAACCAGUCUAACGGAGAUUUAAAAAUCCGCGUUGUUUUUGACGCUUCGGCUAUAUCCCAUGAUGGUACGUCUCUGAAUGGUUGUCUACUUCAGGGUCCAAAGUUGCAGCAAGACAUCGUCGAUAUUCUGACUAGGUUCCGGGUGUACAAGUACGCGUUCACCACCGACAUUUGUAAGAUGUAUCGCCAGGUGAUGGUGGCGCCAGAGUAUCGUCCGCUUCAACAUAUUCUAUGGCAUGCGUCACCACACGAUCAGCUCAUCGAGUAUGAAUUAAACAUCGUAAUGUACGGUCUGAAUUGUGCCCCGUUCCUGGCACUCCGCGUGUUGGCCACGAUUGCCGAAGAAGAUUAA